AUGUUGAGCCAGUGCGUUGUGGUCCUGCUCCUGCUGCUGCUGUCAGGGGUCUACUACACGCGUUCCUCGGCGUCUGUCCAUGAGUGCACGCCGUGUAACUUACGCGUGUGUCCGCUCAGAGCCGGCCCGGUGAGGGUCUGUGAGGGGGGACGCACGCCGGCCCGGGACCCUUGCGGAUGCUGUGACCUGUGCACGCGGCUGGAGUGGGAGCUCUGCGGGGGACAGGACUGGAGCCUGGGCUACUGCGGGCUGGGGCUGAGCUGCGCUGCCAUCAAUGGGACUGGACCUGCACUCGUCCCAGAGGUUGGAGUGUGUAAAGCGCUCCCCGAUCACCUGGUGGCCGGCCUGGAGGACGAACGCUGCCCGUUGAUCAUCGGCUGUGACCACGUGGAGGGCCACUGUGUGUGUGACGCCCAACACUCCUGCCUGGCCUUCUUCACUUUCUCAGAUCGGGAGAGCUGCAUGAAAGCCAGCCAGUCAGAGGGCAGAAGACACGUGCACAGGGACCGGCACAGGGACACCAAGUACGUGGGCCCUUCAAACCCUGCCUGCAUGUUCUCCGGCUGUAACCUGACCGCAGAGGGCUGUGUGUGCGAGUCUCAGAGCUGCCAUCACCACUUUGCCUACAUCAACCGCAGCCAGUGCCAAGAAGCUGCAGACGCCCUGCGAUGCUCGGACGUGACCUGCGCCCCCCCAGCAGCCUCCUCCUGCCCCCCAGACUCUGUGCUGACCCAGAGCUUCACGCCCCCUGCUGGCUGCUGUCCUUCCAUCCUUCCUCAGUGCACCUGCGACUUCAGGACCUGCCAGAAGCCCGUGUGUCCCGCCGGCCAGAGGGCAGAGCUGACGGGCCAGGCCAGCGGGCAGCCCGGGGACUGCUGCGACCUCUAUGAGUGUCAGAAAGUUACCCCAAAGUGCGUGCACAACGGGAAGGAGUUCUCGGAGGGCGACGUGUACCGGAUGGACCCCUGCUGGCUGUGUCAGUGUCGCGGAGGCAUCUCGUUCUGCUCCAAAGCCGAAUGUGCCGAACUGGACUGUGACAACUUCUAUGUCCCUGAGGGGGAGUGCUGUCCCGUCUGCAUCGACGUGGAAUUACUGUCUACGGACAGCACAAUGGCGAGCUGCUGGGUGAAUAAUAAGCUGCGAACUCACGAGGAGAAGUGGAAAGAGGACGACUGCACCUUCUGCCAGUGUGUGGACGGAGAACCCCACUGCACCGCGAUGGCCUGCAAACAGAGCUGCCAGAACCCCGUCAAGAUCCCGGGAGAGUGCUGUCCGUUCUGUGAAGAGCCGUCCUAUGAGACUGUGAGUCCUCUGCUGUGUCCGCCGCUGGAGAACUGCACUCUGUCGGGUACCGAGUGUCCCUACGGCUUCCUGACCGACGAGAACGGGUGCCUCCUCUGCCAGUGUCUGAGCAAUGACUCCUGUCCUGACAUAGCCACGUACUGCUCCUUACAAUGCCCCAUGGGAUAUGAGCGGGACGACUUUGGCUGUGAGGUGUGCGAAUGCCACGUCCCGGUGCCCAAGUGCCGGCCUCUCACUUGCACCAAGACGUGUCCCUAUGGUUACGUGAGGAACAAGCACGGGUGUGAGAUGUGCCGCUGCGUCAAGUGUCCUCCGUUCACCUGUGACCAGCACUGUCCUGAGGGUUACCGGCAGAACAAGAAGGGCUGCUCCGUCUGCAUGUGUAAAGAAACUGAAGCGGUUGCAGUCACCACGGCAACAGUCCCAAUGCCCAGCUUCUGCCUGACCUCUAACGGACACCGGUACGAGGAGGGGGACAGCUGGCACGACGGCUGCAGGGACUGUUACUGCCACUCGGGGAGAGAGAUGUGCGUGCUCAUCUCCUGCCCGGUGCCCAACUGUGCCAACCCAGUGGUCAGGCUGGACCAGUGCUGCCCCACCUGCGAGGAUGAAUCGGGCAGCGGUCAGGCCGAGGGCAUGGACAUGGUGGUAUGCAGGGCGCCUGGAGGGGAGUUCUACGUGGAGGGGGAGACCUGGGACCUGGAUGAGUGCACGCGCUGCACCUGUCGACGGGGACGAGUCCUGUGCGAUACCGAGGAGUGUCCGCCGGCCCUGUGCCACUCACCCAGCCGCAACAAGGACACCUGCUGCCACGUGUGCCCGGAGAGCCCUUUGCUGCCUGUGAACAGGAGCCAGCAGGAGUACUGCAUCACCAGUGAGGGAGACGUGCUUCUGGCUGGAGACUCGUGGAGGGCCAAUGCCUGCACCAGCUGCACCUGCAACAACGGCACCAUUGAGUGCUUCUCCCAGCGCUGCCCUGCAGCCAGCUGCAGAGUGCCCGUGCUGCGGAAGGGCCAGUGUUGCCCACACUGUCUGGAAAUGACCACGUCAGUCCCAGUGAUGAUGUCGACCAGUGCUCCUAAGAAAGCCAUCACAGCUGGAGUGGACAAAGGCGUGUGGAUUAGCACUGUCACAAUGCCUCCAGUUAUCACUCAAACAGAUGAGCCUCGCCGGGGAGAGAACUUCCCGAGCCAAGCCGAGAUCGCCCUCAUUUACCAGUCAGCAGCCUGGAUUCUGGCCGGUCUGCUGCUGGCCAUCAUCAUCUUCAUCUUUGUGGCACUGCUGAUCAAUCGCAAGAAGAAGUGGGUGCAGAUGUCUUGCUACAGCGCACCGAAAAAGACCGUAAUACUGAAGAAACACGUCAACAAAAACUCUGUCGUCUACAUGGAGCCUUCCAAGGAGAGUAAAUUUCAAAAUGUGAAGAAUGACUGUGGCUUAAUCCACUUCUCCCCCGACCUGAGCUCCUCCUGUCCGGACAAGAUGACCAUCCCCAGAGCCAAGCUGAGCAUGGUCAACGACUGGAGCCGCUAG